AUGCAAGCAGCGCCUAACGAAGGAAAGAAAUUGGCACAAAGUUAUAAAGAUAAUCAUAAGGGAGAAACUGUUCAAACAAUGCUUGAACAACUCUUAGUUCCUCUGAAAUCUCUAUCACCUCGUUCCCCAGAAGUCUCACCUCUAUCACCUCUAUCAUCUCCAUCAACUGAAAUCAUAGACAGUAAGACGAAAAUAUCUGAUUAUGAAUUACAAGCAGAAAAUCAUACCAAGAACGGUGAAAUCGAUUUAGCUAUAGCAGCAUAUCAACGAAUUCAUCCUAUAUCAGCUCGUAUACUCGUUCAGAUUGGUCGUCUAUAUUCUGAUAACAAAGGAGACUACAACAAUGCGCUUAACUUCUAUACACAGGCACUCAAACUUCAAGAAAAAACAGACGACGAUACUACUGAAACGCUCACUUGCAUUGGCAGAGCACAUCAUGAACGUCGUGAAUUCGACUUAGCCUUAGAAUAUCAUACUCGUGCACUAAAACUACAUGAAUCUAUGAAAUCACCGAAUCAAGCUGCUAUUGCUACUAACCUAAUAGGUAUUUCAAAUGCUUAUCGAGCUCGACACGAGCUGUCAGAAGCACUUGCUUAUGCCCAACGAGCCUGUGCCAUACGCGAAGCUAUAGUACCCAUCGAUGAAGUAAGUAUAGCCUCAAGCUUGGGGACACUGGCCAGUAUUUAUUACGACUUUGGUGAUGCUUCUCAAGCACUCAGUGUUAGUAUGCGUGCAUUUGAAAUCUUUAAACGUGUUCUUCCGCCUAAUUCAUCUGAAACAGCUGCCUUACUCAACAAUCUGGGUGCAAUUGAGUUGAGUUUAGGCGCGAUGACUGAAGGUCGACAAUAUUUCGAACAAUCACUACAGAUUUAUCGACAAAUACUUCCAUCAGAACACCCAAAUUUAGCUAAACUCGAGAAUAAUAUUCAAUAUGUCGCAAAAAUGCAGCAAUAA